CAAAGUGCUACUGUUUUUCAGGUCCUGAGAUCAUGAGCAAGCUGGCUGGUGAGUCUGAGAGCAACCUGAGGAAAGCCUUUGAAGAAGCUGAGAAGAAUGCUCCUGCCAUCAUCUUCAUUGAUGAACUGGAUGCCAUUGCUCCAAAGAGAGAGAAGACACAUGGAGAGGUGGAACGUCGCAUAGUAUCUCAGCUGUUGACUCUUAUGGAUGGACUGAAACAGAGGGCACAUGUGAUUGUUAUGGCAGCUACCAACAGACCUAACAGCAUUGACCCAGCGCUCAGGCGGUUUGGUCGUUUUGACAGAGAGGUAGAUAUUGGUAUCCCAGAUGCAACUGGGCGCCUGGAAAUCCUGCAGAUCCACACAAAAAAUAUGAAACUGGCUGAUGAUGUGGAUCUGGAACAGGUGGGAAACGAGACCCAUGGACACGUUGGUGCUGACUUGGCUGCUCUUUGCUCAGAAGCUGCUCUUCAGGCUAUCAGAAAGAAGAUGGAUCUCAUAGAUCUAGAAGAUGAAACCAUUGAUGCUGAAGUGAUGAACUCCCUGGCUGUGACCAUGGAUGACUUCAGGUGGGCUCUGAGCCAGAGCAACCCUUCUGCUCUUCGAGAGACUGUGGUGGAGGUGCCACAAGUUACCUGGGAAGAUAUUGGUGGCCUAGAAGAUGUAAAGAGAGAACUCCAGGAGCUUGUACAGUAUCCUGUGGAGCACCCAGACAAGUUCCUAAAAUUUGGUAUGACCCCAUCAAAAGGGGUUCUGUUUUAUGGGCCACCUGGUUGUGGUAAGACACUUCUGGCCAAAGCCAUUGCCAAUGAAUGCCAGGCAAACUUCAUUUCCAUCAAGGGGCCAGAAUUGCUUACCAUGUGGUUUGGAGAAUCUGAAGCCAAUGUGCGUGAGAUCUUUGACAAGGCCCGCCAAGCAGCCCCUUGUGUGCUCUUCUUUGAUGAGCUGGACUCCAUUGCAAAGGCUCGAGGUGGGAAUAUUGGAGAUGGUGGUGGUGCUGCAGAUCGCGUCAUCAACCAGAUCCUGACAGAGAUGGAUGGCAUGUCUACCAAGAAGAACGUCUUCAUCAUCGGUGCCACCAACAGGCCAGACAUCAUUGACCCAGCUAUCUUGCGUCCUGGCCGCCUGGAUCAACUCAUUUACAUCCCCCUGCCUGAUGAGAAGUCCCGAGUUGCUAUUCUUAAGGCCAACUUGAGGAAAUCACCAGUUGCGAAGGAUGUUGACCUGGAUUUCCUAGCUAAGAUGACCAAUGGCUUUUCGGGGGCUGACCUGACAGAAAUUUGCCAGCGUGCCUGCAAACUGGCCAUCCGUGAGUCCAUUGAGAGUGAGAUCAGGCGAGAACGUGAGAGGCAGACCAACCCUUCUGCUAUGGAAGUGGAGGAAGAUGACCCAGUUCCUGAGAUACGCAGGGAUCACUUUGAGGAGGCCAUGCGCUUUGCUCGCCGCUCUGUCAGCGACAACGACAUCAGGAAAUACGAGAUGUUUGCACAGACUCUACAGCAGAGCCGCGGCUUUGGCAGCUUCAGGUUCCCAUCAGGUAACCAGGGAGGCGCUGGGCCAAGCCAAGGCACAGGAGGUGGCAGCGGGGGCAACGUUUACAGUGAAGACAAUGAUGAUGAUCUUUAUGGUUAACUUGCUGUCCUCAGUAGACCAAAUUCCAAGUCAGGCUAAGUUGUACAGGGAAAAUCCAAUGUUCAGUGGACUCCUGAUUUCUUCAUUCCUCAGUCAGAACAGUGUAGCUGCACGUCAGACUUUGUACAGGGGAUGUAUUCUGCAAACACAAAUCCAGACCGAUAUUCAGUUGGGAGACAGUGAAUUAACAAGUAGGGGGAACCGACUUAAUUUCUGAGAAAUUUCUGUUGUAGUUUAUGUGGCAGAAUCAGCAACUUUAGCAAAGGGUACAAUGCUAGCCUGUAUUAAAACAAACAACAAAACCAAAUUAAAAAUAAAAUAAUAAAAUAAUAAAAAUCUCACAAAACUCUA